AUGGCGUACGACAGCCGUCCCUGCGCCAUCAGGAGGUGCUCCAGAUGCAGUCGCUCAAGAAGGCGGAGCAGGUUCUCCGGCAACAGGAAGGUUGCUGGUGAUGCAGUGCCCUUGAGCAAGGCACCUGAAACCCCCACCUGCUCCCCGGGCGUUGCACUGCGGCUGCCCACUGCUCCGGGUGUUCUGGUGUGCCCCCGUGUGUUCACCGGCUCGCGGAUGGGGCUCCGGUGUCCGGACAUCGAGCGGCUGCCAGGGGCCCCGCGGAGAGCCCGGCGCCCGCCCUCCCUCAACCCCCCGGGGACACCUCGGAGACCGGUGAAGGAGGAGUCCCGGGUCACUCAGGUCGGAGCCCUGCGUGUCCACAGCAACAUCAGACUGGAGUCGUUCAUCAUCCCCCGAAGCCCGGCGCGACCUCCAGCCGACGGAGCGGACCUCCCCCCUGCGGACCCCCCCGUGCCCACCCCCUCUAGCCCGUGUCCAGCGUUGCUACGGGCGACCCUGCAGAGGGACGGGGGCGCGGCGAGGGACGGGGGGCUCCAGGGCGGUGGCGGCGGCAGCGGCGGUGCCGGCGGCGGAUGCGGCUGCUGCAGCUCGGGGCCCAUGCCGCUGGUGACGGACCUGGAGUACGACGCCUUCGUCCGGGGCCAGGGCCCCCGUGGCGAGCAGGUCCUGGUGGUGUGUGUGACCGCGCCCGACGGCCGUGACGACACGCUGGAGCUGCUCCAUCAGAGACGGAGCAGGAGACGCAGCGCGCCGUGCGUUCAGUGUCAGAUGGACUCUUUCCGCCUGGUGAGGUACGAGGUGUCCGCAGGGAGGACCGGCCCGGCCAGAAGAAGCCUGCUGCAGAUCCGCCACAGCGUCGCUCCUGGCACACUGCUGAUGUACAUCAGGGGGAAGCUGCUGUUUGCCGACCACGUCUCAAACUGCUCCCGCGGCUCCAUGAGGAGCCUCCACCGGCAGAUCUCCACCAGCAGAAGGGACUUCAGGCUGGGCUUGAGUCUCCCUGCAGACCACAAGAUCAGUGCUAAGCUGAAGGGCUCCGUGGCCGCAGACUCGCUGUCCACUCUCGAGUCCUGGCCGAUAUCGACCUCCCUCGACCGCAGCGAAACGCGUCUGAGGCACACGGCAACUCAAGAUCCGAUCUUCUGAGAAGCCAUCAAGAUCAGAGGACACCCCAACAGGACGGGAGAACGAUAAAACACAGUCCUGUUGCCCAUCCUACUCCUCUUGUCAGACACUAAACAUCUCCAGCCAUGUCUACUGUACCACAUGACCUAAGAAUAAACUGGUGUGCUACAUCUGUCAGUCAGGGCAGAGUGUGUGAAUUUGUGUUGAGGAUGUGGAAUUGUGAGCCAUCAAAUCAUUGGUUAUUUCCUGUGCAAUAAAAGGAAACUAUGUUGAAAUCGCGAUUAUAACAUCACAAACUAUCACGCAAUUGCUCAACCAGGUGAUGUCACACACUGAUGUAGGUCUAGCUGGAAAAUGUAUAUUAAGACCAGGUCAUGCAUUAUGCAUUAAGUUUGAUAUCUUUGCAAUCACGACCUUGUUCUAUGACUUCUUAGAUUGUCUAUUUUAUUAUACCUUUUUUUUGAUGCAAUACAAUUUCAAUAAAAAAACAUAACUUCUUA